CCCUCCCUUUCCUUCCCCUCCUAAAACCUUCAAACCAAACAGACAAUAGGGUUUAUCCGUCUCUCGUCUUCUUCGUCCUUCCUCUGUCUUUUCCCGGAAAUCGUUUUUCAUCAUCUCUUCUGUGAGACUGUGACUGGCUUCUUUGGCGUGUCCUCUAAGCCAGGGUAGCUUCGGCGUCCUCGUCUUAUCGUUUUCUUCUUCCGCUCUUUCGUCGGAGGCUUUUGGAGUUGAAUUCAUCAAAGUAUGGAAGUUUCCGCUUCUACAUCAUCUUACCAGCCUUUGGCAGGAUUUGUGGAGGACAAAAAGGAUCCACUCAUUGAUCUAGAUUUGACAGACUCAACUGAGCUAUGGCUUAUCCAGUGGCCCAUUAAUGAGCCUCCUGAUUUUGAUGGGCACCAGGUGUCCCUCAACCUUAAAAUGGAUGGACAUGUCGGCACCUUUGAGGGGUCUUCAGGAAAAUCAUAUGAACUGGUUAGUUUAAAAUCCCAAGGUCCUGAGGUUACAGUAUUCUUGUCUUCAGCAUCAGAGGCAAAAAUUGCUGGGAAGAUCUCCAGGCGGAUCUCAUUGGUUCAUUACCCGGAGCCAAGUGAACUUCAACAAGGCAAGACCCAAAGCCACGCUCAGCGAUCUUCCAUGGCUACAUCAACCAUUUCUGGUCGCAGUCUGCAUGCUCCUGCUCGAAGCAUUAGGCCUAAAGACUCCAAAGCAGGGAACCAAUUUGCUACUCCAAGUGGUAGAACAAAGAGUACUAUUUCGGGAUCUGUAGAGCCCUCCAAGAGGAAACAAAAGCUAAAUAAGCAGAGACUAUCCACGAAUUGCUCGACCCAUGAUUCGGAGAAAGUAAAUAGCGGCCUUACGGAUACCUUAUUGUUGGAGCAUUCGGAGAAAAGAAAAUCAAAGAAGGCAAAGAAGAGCGCCAGUUAAAACCGUACACGUACAAAAGAAAUAGAUUCUAACUUGUUUGGCCUUUUGUUAUGAUUUUUGUAAUUUUUUAAAUUCUUCAAGUUUCGUUCUAGUAACGUUACUAGAUAGUGAUGAAUUGAAAUAGGGAUUUGUUGAUAUUUUGAGAGGAAAAAGAAAAAGGAAAAGGAAAAUGUGUGGAUGCAUAGUGAAGUUAAGAUAGAGGAUUGAUAACAUACUCAGCAAACUUGAUUCUGCAAAAACAACAAAUACAUUGAUACUUAUGUAAGUGUUCUCUAAUAAUUCUGUUGGCACUGUGUGUUUAUUGGAUUU